CCACACAUCCUGUAGCCCUAAAAUGCACUCUCUAGACCUAUUUAGAUGAUAGCCCUUCCCCUCUCUCUCUCUCUCUCACCAUCACUAUCGCACUGUGUCACAAACUAGUGCACUGUUCAUCAUCAUCAUUCAUCGACCUUGAUUAUAAUCAACAACCAGCAGAAUAGGCAUCUGCAUUUAUAGCAAUGUCAGAUCUUGAGGCCCCCCUUCGCCCCAAGAGGAAGAAGAUCUGGGUGGACUACUUUGUUAACUUCCGAUGGAUUAUUGUUAUCUUUGUUGUCCUCCCUAUCUCUUUCACAUUGUACUUCCUCACAUAUCUUGGGGAUGUCAGAUCUGAGUGGAAGUCCUACAAGCAGCGUCAGAAGGAACAUGAUGAAAAUGUGAAGAAAGUGGUGAAACGCCUCAAACAAAGGAACCCAUCAAAGGAUGGUCUUGUCUGCACAGCCCGGAAACCCUGGAUUGCUGUUGGAAUGCGGAAUGUUGACUAUAAACGAGCUCGGCAUUUCGAGGUUGAUCUUUCUGCUUUUAGAAAUAUCCUUGAAAUCGACAAAGAGAGAAUGAUAGCCAGAGUUGAGCCUCUGGUCAACAUGGGCCAGAUCAGCAGGGCAUCAGUUCCGAUGAAUCUUUCCCUUGCAGUUGUUGCUGAGCUUGACGAUCUAACUGUGGGUGGCCUUAUUAAUGGCUAUGGGAUUGAAGGAAGCUCUCAUAAAUAUGGCCUGUUCUCUGACACUGUUGUGGCUUAUGAGAUUGUUCUAGCAGAUGGACGAGUUGUUAGAGCUACGAAGGACAAUGAGUACUCCGAUCUCUUCUAUGCUAUUCCUUGGUCUCAGGGAACACUGGGGCUUCUAGUAUCUGCUGAGAUUAAGCUUAUACCCGUUAAGGAAUACAUGAAGCUGACUUACAAACCUGUAGUGGGUAAUCUACAAGAGAUUGCACAGGGUUAUAUCGAUUCUUUUGCACCCAGAGAUGGAGAUCAAGAUAAUGCUGAAAAGGUUCCAGACUUUGUAGAAACCAUGAUUUAUACUCCUACAGAAGCUGUUUGCAUGACAGGAAAAUAUGCCUCAAAAGAAGAGGCCAAGAAGAAGGGUAAUGUAAUUAACUGUGUUGGGUGGUGGUAUAAACCAUGGUUCUAUCAGCAUGCACAGACGGCCCUAAACAAAGGGGAAUUCGUGGAAUACAUCCCAACCAGGGAGUAUUACCACAGGCAUACAAGGUGUUUGUACUGGGAAGGGAAGCUUAUCCUUCCAUUUGCCGAUCAAUGGUGGUUUAGGUUUCUCCUUGGGUGGCUGAUGCCGCCCAAAGUUUCUCUUCUUAAGGCUACUCAAGGUGAAGCCAUCAGGAAUUAUUACCAUGAGAUGCAUGUCAUUCAGGAUAUGCUUGUUCCUCUUUACAAGGUUGGAGAUGCUCUAGAGUGGGCCCACCAAGAGAUGGAGGUAUAUCCCAUCUGGCUCUGCCCACACAGGCUGUACAAGUUGCCUUGUAAAACUAUGGUCUACCCUGAACCAGGAUUUGAGCUACAUCGCAGGCAGGGUGAUACACAAUAUGCUCAGAUGUACACAGAUGUUGGAAUCUACUAUGCCCCGGGACCUGUCUUGAGGGGUGAGGUAUUUGAUGGGUCAGAGGCAGUCCGUCGGAUGGAAAGCUGGUUGAUUGAAAACCAUGGAUUCCAGCCGCAGUAUGCUGUGUCAGAGCUCACAGAGAAGAACUUCUGGAGAAUGUUUGAUGCUGGGCUCUAUGAGCAAUGCAGAAGGAAGUAUGGAGCUGUGGGAACCUUUAUGAGUGUCUACUACAAGUCGAAGAAGGGGAGGAAGACUGAGAAGGAGGUGCAGGAAGCUGAGCAAGCUGUUCUUGAGACUCCCUACGCGGAGGUUGAUCAACCAGCGGAUUGAUUGAUUGAUUUUGAAGUUGAGUUUGGAAUUUUAUGGUAGGAUUUCUUGCCAUUUUCUAUUACUCUCAUUUGUGCCCAUCUUUUCUGUUAAAUUGAACUUCUGACCAAAUGUGGUAGCUGGAUAUCUGUGGGACUUUAUGUUUCUUAGGUGGUAGAACUAAGAGUUUCUGGAUGUUUAAAGGCUUCUGUGUGUCUGAUCUGAUUAUGGUACUGGCAAUGUAUUUCGCCCGGUGUAGUUGGUACCUCUGGUAAUGAGAUUUGAUUUUAGUAA